AAGAACAUGCCUCUCGCAAAGGAUCUCCUUUAUGCCUCUCCAGAAGAGAAGAGGAAAUGCAAGAAGCACCUGGUGCAGAGCCCAAAUUCCUACUUUGUGGAUGUGAAAUGCCCAAGGUGCUAUAAAACCAACACGGUGUUUAGCCAGGCACAAACGGCAGUUCUGUGUGUUAGCUGCUCUACUGUCCUCUGCCAGCCUACAGGAGGAAAAGCAAGGCUUACAGAAGGAUGUUCUUUCAGAAGGAAUCAGCACUAAAAGUACCCCGCUUGAACAAAUGGGAAACCAUCCCAAUAAACACAUUUUGGAUUAA